AGUUACAGGUACCGUCUUAUAAGAUCGGAUAGUGGGAUUAAGUAUUGUACCUAAAUACCUAACCUACCCACCGUGUUGCUAGUACCAUGUAUUUUACUCUAAUUAGGUAGCUUAUUGCAUAUUAGUUUCUAAAGCUUUAUUCACAACAUCAAAUCACCCCGGUAUCAAAUCAAUUGUCGAGUUUUUUCUUGAACGCGGACAGUACCAGCCGUACCGCUACUGUCGCCAAUUGAGCUCGCAUGAAUACAGCCGAUAUGCCUUAGGUAUGCAUUGGUUGUUAUCGAGGGCUGUCCAGGCGCAGUCUUCGUGUCGCUGUCGACUCUGCCUUCACUCUGGGCGUUCGAUUGCACGGCAUUCCACGAACGUAGCCUCAAGGCGGAAAGUAACGGUUGCUGAUAUCUUCACUGCCUGUUAUACGACUAUACUUGGCACUGCGACUGUUAUAGACACCCGGAGGAAGGAAUUGAGGAAGAAGGAACUCGACGAGAAACUAGAGAAGGCCAGAGCCGCAUUGGGCAGCUUGGGUGUUCAAGACUUGUCCAGCCAACAUAGUGGACGGGUCGACAAUCCCAAUUCCGGCGAUGGGUCUAGAAGAAAGGAACAAGCUGCUGCCAACAGUCUACUGCGGGAGUUAGGAGUUCUAUGCGAAAUUACUCGUCGUCCAGUAUCACGCCCAUCGUGGAUGCAAACACAGUUAGAAUGGGCACAAGUUGAAGCCGCCAUCGUCGCGGAGGAGCAAGACCCUGAAGGUGUACUCAGAGAACCAAAAUCCGCUCAGCAACUCCAAAGGACCACGAGGACAGUCGUAGAGUUGGUAAAUCAACUCAUACACCAAAGUCGGACUUAUAAGAGCACCCGGAGCCAAGACGUAGAUGCCAAGGAGCAGGAAAAUAACGUAGACGAUGCCGUUUACGAGGAACUGAAGGAUAUAUUACAGACUUUCCACUAUCCAAGUUAUAACCAACCUAACGAGGACCCUAGUGAUGCCGCGAGGACUCGGUCUCUCCUUGGGGAAUCCAUACGGCGUAUAUUUAAUAAUGCCACAAAUUCUAAGGAUAUUGUAGCCAAGAUAUGUUAUAAUCUCUUAACAGCUGGUGUGCCUCCUAGUAUCCACACUUAUAAUACGUUAAUUGCAGGCUUCAACCGGAUUCAACGUCCUGAUCUCGCGCAGACAGUUGUCGAUUCCUACAUCUACAGAACAACCUGGCCUGCCACCGAGCAGACCGCCGUAUGUCUGCUUAAUCACUACCAGGGGAUAAAUCGGGAAGAUGGUAUACGAGAUAUCAUCCAACGAAUGAGGGGUGUUAGAGGGGAUGGUCUACAUUUUCGAAUUAUCGACAAGAAAGCUAUCUAUACGCGAGAGUGGUUAGCAUGGGCUAUAGAGAACUGCGCCUCGCGCAAGUAUGCCUAUGUGGAACGAAUGCGGCGAACGGAUGCUGUAUUCACUAGUAUUAUAAAAGGCUGGUUAUACUGUGGAGAACUCGGCAACGCUGGCGCGGCUUUUGUGACAUGCGUGCGUUACGGAGGUUCGGUCACCAUUCAAACGCUCCAGGAACUCUUCACAGCAUGUCUAUCGACAGUCGAUUACACCGCAGCACGGCGAUUAGUGGCGGGGUUGGCUAAGAAUAUAGGCAGCUUUGCGACUUGGAUCGAUUGUACUAUUCGUCAAGAAUCAGUAAACACGUCGCGUCAACUUAUCACGAGCCUCUUAAAUCUAGUUGACAUCUGUCGGCUUCCGUUUAAUUUCACGCCUGUCUCUGAAUCCUACGACCAGGCAUUGCAGGAGCUUAGAUCUUUAAUCAGCCUUACCCGAUUCGAAAUAGAGAUAGAAGAGACGGCGGAUUUAUGCGUGGCCACAUUCGAGGAAUUAACUUCGAGUGGAUCAUUGGUAACCCGGAUUGAUAAAGUUCUUGCCAUGCUCGACUCAGCUCAGCAAAGCAGGCAAAAGGCUGCAAGGUCGCUCGCUCAUUUCGGCAGGCUGGCAGAACUCCUUUCUAUUGAAAGGAGGUGCCGCGACUUAGAGACAAGAAUCAAGGCCACGGCAGCUUUAACGACGGCUACCAUUCUCAAAAUCAAGACGGGAUAUGAGCUUGACCCAUCCGGAAUUCUUGUUUCGAAACAAGAAUCUCCGAUUUGGUACCAGCGAGAGUAUUUCUUUUGGUACCAGCGGCUUCGCUACGACUCCCUCGUCAAUGCCCUUCAAAAUAUUCAAAUCAACUCGGGUCCGAUGACACAAGAUGAUAUAAGGUCACAACUCCUUCGAUGCUUACCUGACCCUGUUCUGUCGAAAAGGUUAGGGGAUUCUGGCCAUCCAGAGAACCUGGGUAUAAGAGCACUGACGAGCUUUUAUGUAUCAGGCAUGACACAUACCAACGGGCACCAAGAUGUCUUUUGUAGCAAGCCUAUAAGCCAGCUCGAGCAAGAACUUGCUGACAUUGAAAACACGAUCAGAGCUAUACUAUUCGCUCACCUCAGUGGUGAUACUCAGAGGAAGCUUAGGUUCCAGUAUCCAAACUUCUACAAAAUGCCUUUCAAGAAACUUUACAAGUACCAAUUGCGGAGAAGCAUCUUCAAGACGAUCUCUACCAUAGGUGGGCAGCAGUCCGGCACUAUCAAACCACACAAACAAAUAAAGCAUUCGAGGUCUGUUUUUGUUUCGAUUUCAGUACAUACGUGUCUUCCUAUCGUGCAGUAUACGUAUCUGCUAUCUAUCAGAACCGAUUGGAACAGGUGACGUGCUUAAGUGCGUAAAUAAGGUGUGUAGGUCUGAGGGAUUAUCAUCCGAAAGAUAGGUACCUAGGUAGGUGCCAACACCGAAAUAUGGAAUGCGUGCAUAAACAUCUCAUCGAAUACCCGUAAGUGUGUAUAUGGCUGUCCUACAUGAUAAGUUGAAAAGUGGCACGGUAGCAUUUACGUUGCCCGGCGGAUUAUUAUUUG